AAGUGAGCACCAGCAGCCAGGAAAGGCCUCCAGGGACCCCUUCAGAGCAUAGGCGGAAGUGGGUCUCAGAGCAGCCACGGGGCUGAGGGGCGCCCUUCUGAGGGACGAGUGCAGGAAGCUCAGUGUUCUCUGAGGCAACGCCGGAAGUGGAGUCGAAGACCAAGGUUCCAGGCGGAAGGAGGACAGGGCAACAGAACCGCCGCUUCUUUUGAGGCUCGGCCUGCUGAUUCUGAAAGGCUGGAGUCCCGGGCCUCUUCCAGGCGAAGCCUGCUGGCGAUGGGGAACAACACAGGCGAGGCCCCCUCGACCCGACCCCGGCCUUCUGCCUCCUCCACGGGCUCUGGCCAGCCCCCGCGGGCCCAGCCCCAACCCCCUCCGAGAGCAACACUCUCCAGGUUGCCUGCCGGUCUGGGCCUGGGACAUGCCAGAGAGCAGAUGAGCCUAAGAACCAUGGCACCAAAAGACAAACCAGCUGUUCCUUGCCGGCCCUCCACCUCGGAAUGUAACACGGGGAACAAGAAUCGAGCAGCAGCACCUGCCACCGAACCUAGACUCAGAGGACGUGCAAAUCGCCCUGGCAGAGGCCACACAUGUGGCAGCAGGGUCCAAGUCAGGGACCACGGCGAGGCCGUGCUGGCUGUGGGCUCUGAGAAAAGGGGGCAUGGAGCACCGGUCAAGAGAUGCCAGAUUCGACUACCAAGAACGACUGUCCCCCGCAAGCACUCCAAACAGGCCAAGAAGUCCUCUACCAAAGGAAGAGGAAGAGCUGCAAAGGAGAACCCCGUGUCCCAGCCUGAAGACCUGUCCCCAGCCAGCCCCCAGGAGGAGAGUCCCCACGGGUCUCACACAUAUUCCUGGCCCCCAGCAGUUUCACCUCUGCCUUACAUGUCAGUGCCCUCACAGCAGCAAUUGAUGGAUCCUCCUUCCAUGGAGCUUCGCGGGGCUUUUGCCUUGUCCAACCCGUGUUCAAAUAUGGUCCUCCUGCCGUGUACCUCCACCGAUCACCACCAUCCGCUGGAGCCACAGGGUUCUCGUGCCUCUGACCAGGCCUCGAUUUCUGCCGCCUUAGAGUAUCAGGAAAUACUGGAGGCUGCCGAGGCUCUGAUGACUCUGAAGAACUCUUCUUGGACCUGGCACCAGACCCACAGCUAAACAGGUCUGCUUUGAAGUUGGAGCUGUGAAGCCUUCCAGCCCAUCUGUGUGAUUCAGAUCCACCAGCCAGCUCCACUUCACUUCCUGUUGAGCAUCUGGAGGGCCCAGAGGAGGGGGUGCAGGCUCCUUCAAGCACCGCAUAGUUGAUAUUGUUCUGUGUUGUUCACGUCUGAAAUGCUUAAAUGUGCUUUGUAAGCCUUCGGGCGUUUAAUAAGCUUUCAGACUCUUUUCAUAAUGUAGAUCAGUUUUAGCUUAGGUAGUAUGUUCUUGUACCCCCAUCCCUCAUUCCUUUGGAAGCUGGUGCUGUUUAAUGUAUCUUCUGUAGAGAGCACUGUGCAAUUUAAUAUGACCAGUCCAUCAUCGGUGGGGUUCCAAGUGGGUUAGUAUACCAUUGUUUGCAUUUGUUUUGUGAUUGCAUAUGUGCCUGGGCACUCCCGUACUUGUAUGUGGACACACGAGAAGUUUCAACUUGUGUCUAGGCUUGUAUAUUUGGACAAAUAAUAAAGCAUUGGUAGGAGGCA